AAGGUUGUUACCCAAGUGGAUUUUACAUUCAGAAUACUCACUUGGUUUAUGAUCUCUGCUUACUUGCACACCCAGUUUUUCCAUUCAAGUGAGCAUAAGUUCCCUAUUCUAUUAAGGAUUUGGUGCACCUUCUACUUCCUAAUGUCUUGUUCCUAUCUUGUUAUACAUCUUGGUUUGUAUGGGAAACAUUCAUCAUUUCCAUUCCUGCUAUGGGCCACUGAUGUUGUAUCAAUUAUUGCUAGUUUGUUAUUUUGUUCUGCUGGGUUGUUUGGGAAGGGACGAAAAGAUGAAGAUUUCCAAUUUUUGAAGCCUCUUUUAAAAAAUAGUUUUAAUCGAAACAAUAGUGAUGAUGUACAAGGAUCAAGUGUUUGUGGAGAUGGUGUAACUCCUUAUGCAAAUGCUAAUCUUCUUAGUAUUUUUACUUUUACUUGGAUGGGACCUUUGCUUGAACUUGGGCAUAAAAAAACACUAGACCUUGAAGAUGUUCCUCAACUUCCCAAUUGUCAUAGUGCCAAUGUGGUCUUCACUCGUUUCAGAAAUAAACUUGAAUCUAAUAGUAAUAGCAAUGGUAAUGGUGAUCAAGUAAGCACACUCAAGUUGGUGAAAGCAUUGAUUCUCUCAACAUGGAAAGAAGUUUUAUGGACGGCUCUACUAUCAAUUGUGUGCACAUUGGCUUCUUAUGUUGGACCAUACCUUAUUGACGCCUUUGUUCAGUAUCUCAAUAGCCCUCACCAACAAAAAUAUAAAGGUUAUGUGCUAGUGUUUAUUUUCUUUCUUUCAAAGCUCAUAAGGUGUCUCUCACAGAGGCACUUGUUCUUUAUAUUGCGAAAUAUGGCAAUUAGGGUCCGUGCUGCUUUGUACUCAAUAAUCUAUAAGAAGUGUCUCAAGCUUUCCAGCCAAUCAAAACAGGACCACACUAAUGGGGAGAAUAUUAAUUUGAUGAGUGUUGAUGUUGAAAGGAUUAGCAUUUUUAGUUGGUACUUACAUAAUAUAUGGAGGGUGCCUCUUGAGAUUGUUCUAGCAUUGAUGAUCUUGUAUAAAAGCCUUGGGCUUGCUUCACUUGUAGCAUUUGUUACCACAAUGAUUUUGAUGUUAGCAAAUGUUCCACUAGAAAAACUGCAGGAAAAUUUGCAAGGGAGGUUGAUGGGUUCAAAAGAUCGAAGAAUGAAGGUAACAUCUGAGGCUCUAAGGAAUAUGAGGGUUCUCAAGCUCCAAGGCUGGGAUAUGAAGUUUUUGGCUAAAAUAAUUGAGCUUAGAAACUUUGAAACAAGAUGGUUAAAAAAGUUACUUUAUACAUCAGCUACUAAUUCCUUUGUCUACUCUUCUGCUCCCAUGUUUGUAUCUAUAGCUACUUUCGGGUUUUGUAUGCUAAUGGGAAUUCCAUUAGGGUCAGGGAACAUUGUAUCCGCACUUGCAAUAUUUGAGAUAUUACAAUUGCCCAUUCAUAAUGUCCCAAACACAAUCUCCAUGGUAGUUCAGACUAAAAUUUCCCUUGAUAGAAUAGUCUCAUACCUCUGUCUCGAUGAUCUUCAACCAAAGAUAGUACAAAAGAUUCCAAGAGAUGACAGCGAGGUUGCAGUUGAGAUAGUUAAUGGGAAUUUCUCUUGGGACAUUCAUUCCCCUAAUCUCACAUUAAAAGAUCUUAAUAUCCAUGUGAAUCACGGUAUGAGAGUUGCUAUUUGUGGUUCUGUUGGGUCAGGCAAGUCAAGUUUACUUUCAUGCAUAUUGGGAGAAGUGCCAAAAGUAUCUGGAAUCAUUAAGUUGAAUGGGACGAAGGCCUAUGUUGCACAAUCACCUUGGAUACAGAGUGGUAAGAUAGUAGACAAUAUAUUGUUUGGUAAAGAGAUGGAGAAGGAAAAAUAUGAGAUGAUCCUUCAAGCAUGUUCACUAAAUAAGGACCUAGAAUUAUGUGCCUUUGGAGACCAGACUAUCAUAGGAGAGAGGGGUAUUAACUUGAGUGGUGGACAAAAGCAAAGAAUUCAGAUCGCACGUGCUUUGUACCAUGAUGCUGACAUUUAUCUGCUUGAUGAUCCUUUUAGCGCUGUGGAUGUUCAUACAGGAACUCAUCUAUUUAAGGAAUGUUUGCUAGGAAUUUUGAGUUCAAAGACAGUAAUUUAUGUUACCCACCAAGUAGAGUUUUUAUCCUCUGCUGAUCUUAUCCUGGUUAUGAGAGAUGGAAUGAUUGCUCAAGCAGGAAAAUACAAAGAAAUUCUUAGUUCAGGAACUGACUUUAUGGAAUUAGUGGGUGCACAUAAGAAAGCUUUAGCAGACCUUAAUUCUAUCAAGUGUAUGACUGUUUUGGAUAAUUCAAUGAAUGUUGAAGAGGAUGAUAAUAUUUUGUGCAGCGAGAAAUCUAUUCAAGAUGAUGAGAAAAACGAACUCAAAAACAAUGAAACAAAAAAAUUGUUUGGAUUAGAAGGGCAGCUUGUCCAAGAAGAAAAAAGAGAAAAGGAUGGAGUUAGUUUUUCAGUCUAUUGGAAAUAUGUUACCACUGCAUAUGGAGGGGCUUUUGUUCCAUUGAUAUUGCUAGCACAAAUUCUUUUUAAGCUUCUCCAAAUAGUCAGUAGUUAUUGGAUGGUGUUGGUUAUUCCUGUUUCAGUGAAUCUGAGACUUCAUGAUAGAGGAUCCACUAUCAUAUUUAUUUAUGUUGCUUUGAUCCUUGGAAGUUCUCUUUGUGUACUUAUAAGGUCCAUGCUUAUUGUGACUGUUGGAUACAAGACAACCACUCUACUCUUUAACCAAAUGCAUUCGUGCAUUUUUCGGGCUCCCUUGUCAUUUUUCGAUUCUACUCCAAGUGGAAGGAUCCUAAAUCGGGUAUCUAUAGAUCAAAGUGCGGUAGAUUCCAUUAUUCCACAACAAAUUGAAGAACUUAUUAUCUCGAUCAUAGAAUUCCUGGGAACUACUGCAGUAAUGUCACAGGUUGCAUGGAAAAUGUUAAUGGUUUUUAUUCCGAUGACUAUGGCAUGCAUCUGGUAUCAGAAAUACUACAUAUCUGCAGCACGAGAACUGUCACGGCUAUUUGGAGUUUGUCAAGCUCCAAUUAUACAACAUUUUUCUGAAUCUUGUUUAGGUUCAACCACAAUCAGGUGCUUCGAUCAAGAAGAGAGGUUUAUGGACACAACCCUUAAGCUGGUGGAUGGAUAUGGUCGGCCAAAAUUUUAUUUCUCUGGUGCAAUGGAGUGGUUAUGCUUUCGCAUGGAUAUGUUGGCUUCUAUUACAUAUGCUUUCUUUUUGGUUUUCUUGAUCUUAGUGCCGAAGGGGGUACUGAGUCCUGGUGUUGUGGGUUUAGCAGUCACAUAUGGACUUGGUUUCAGUUUGCAUGGAGUUGUAUGGGAUCUUAAUCAACUUGAGACUAAAAUCAUAUCUGUUGAGAGAAUACUACAAUACACCUGCAUCCCUAGUGAACUCCCUCUGUUCAGAGAAGAAAAUAGGCUAGGUUGUGAAUGGCCAUCACAAGGGGAAGUUGAUAUUGUUGAUUUGCAGGUCCGAUAUGCCCCACACCUUCCUCUUGUCUUGCGAGGUCUAACAUGCACUUUCCUCGGAGGGAUGAAGAUUGGCAUUGUUGGACGAACAGGAAGUGGUAAAUCAACUCUUGUACAGGCUCUCUUCCGUGUGCUUGAACCUACAGCUGGUCAGAUUUGGAUAGAUGGUAUCAACAUAUCUAAGAUUGGCCUUUAUGACUUGCGGUCAAGAUUGAGCAUCAUCCCGCAAGACCCAACAAUGUUUGAGGGGACUGUAAGAAGCAAUAUUGACCCACUUGAAGAGUACACUGAUGAACAAAUUUGGGAGGCUUUAGAUAGAAUCCAGCUUGGUGAUGAAGUUAGAAAGAAGAAAGGGAAGCUUGAUUCUGCAGUGACUGAGAAUGGAGAAAAUUGGAGCAUGGGUCAAAGGCAACUAGUUUGUUUAGGGCGGGCACUGCUUAAGAGGAGCAAAAUCUUAGUACUUGAUGAAGCUACAGCAUCAGUGGAUACUACAACUGACUAUCUAAUUCAACAAACUCUAAGGCAACAUUUCUCAAGGUCUACUGUCAUCACAAUUGCACAUAGGAUAACAUCAAUUCUUGAUGUCAAUAUGGUCCUCCUUCUUGAUAAUGGCCUUGUAGUGGAAUAUGAUUCUCCAACGAAAUUGCUAGAGAUCAAAUCUUCAUCAUUUGCAAAGCUUGUUAAGGAGUAUACUCAAAGAUGUAGUUCCUAAUUUUU